CCGUCAACUCAGAAAGAUUUUCCUGUGUAGUGUGCGGCUCGGUUGAAGGUUCAUUUGUCAAAGGGUCGGAAGAUCUUCCGAAAGAAGGAAAUCUAUUUGUUUAGCAAAAUGGCAGCACGAGUUCUCUUGUUAUCGAACACCCUCCGCAACCUAUCGAAGGGAACUAACUUGAUUCAGCGAUACAAAUCGUCCCAUGCUCCCAGUGUGCAGAAGGUCCUGUUGAAUGUACCACCAACCCAAGUGACUGCAUUGGGCAAUGGACUGCGAGUAGCUAGCGAGGACUCGGGUGCCGCCACCGCGACUGUCGGUUUGUGGAUCGAUGCUGGUUCUCGUUAUGAGAACGAACAAAACAAUGGAGUUGCCCACUUUUUGGAACAUAUGGCGUUCAAGGGCACAGCUAAACGAUCCCAAACUGACUUAGAACUCGAAGUCGAAAACAUGGGAGCUCAUUUAAACGCGUACACAUCCCGGGAACAAACUGUUUUCUACGCUAAAUGCCUAUCACAAGAUGUUCCUAAAGCGAUCGAAAUCCUCUCUGACAUCAUCCAAAACUCGAAAUUGGGAGAAGCCGAAAUUGAACGUGAGCGUGGUGUAAUUUUGCGCGAAAUGCAAGAAGUUGAGAGCAAUUUGCAGGAAGUCGUCUUCGAUCACCUUCACGCUACCGCCUACCAAGGUACUCCAUUGGGACAAACAAUUUUGGGACCCACCAAGAACAUCAAGUCAAUUGGAAAAUCCGAUCUUAGCGAUUAUAUCAAUACCCACUACAAAGCCUCACGCAUUGUCCUCGCUGCCGCCGGCGGUGUCAAUCAUAAUGAACUCGUGAAGCUGGCCGAACAAAACUUGGGCAAAUUGGAGAACACAUACGACGGCAAACCACCAAAACUGUCUGCAUGCCGAUUCACUGGCUCUGAAGUCCGCGUUCGCGAUGAUUCCUUGCCUCUAGCUCAUAUCGCCAUUGCUGUCGAAGGAUGCGGCUGGGUCGACCACGACAACGUUCCACUAAUGGUUGCCAAUACUUUGAUCGGUGCCUGGGAUCGCUCGCAGGCCGGUGGAGUAAAUAACGCCUCAAACUUGGCACGAGUAAGCGCCGAAAGCGGGUUGUGCCACAGCUUCCAAUCGUUCAACACCUGCUACAAAGAUACCGGCCUAUGGGGUAUCUACUUCGUCUGUGAUCCUCUUCAAUGCGAGGACAUGGUCUUCAACAUUCAAACCGAAUGGAUGCGAUUGUGUACAAUUGUAACCGACGCUGAAGUCGACCGUGCAAAGAACCUACUCAAGACAAACAUGCUCCUCCAAUUGGACGGUACCACCCCAAUCUGCGAAGAUAUCGGUCGCCAAAUGCUUUGCUACAACCGACGAAUUCCACUUCAUGAAUUGGAAAAGAGAAUCGACAGUGUGACUGCCCAAAAUGUUCGUGAUGUUGCCAUGAAGUACAUUUACGAUCGGUGUCCCGCUAUUGCUGCCGUUGGACCUGUUGAAAAUCUACCAGACUACAACAGGAUCCGUUCGUCUAUGUUCUGGCUUAGGGUUUAAAUUAAUUCUUAAUUUUUCUAUUAAAGAAAUUAGGUAACCAGAGUUUUUUCUGUUUCCACUUUUCGACAAAACCAACAUUCAAACGAGAGAUUUUGUUUUCAGUUCUGAUAACAAAGAAAAUUUAAACUGAAGCCUCUGUAAGGUCUCUAGUUGUACACGUAUUUAAAUGAUGGAAAACCAAAUAAACAGAUUAAAAAUA